GUUUUAUGGAUUUUGUUCAUAAAAAUUGAUUUCAACCUGCAGGGUGUAAAAAAAUAGGAGCGAAUCUUGAUGGAAAAACAGAGGCUAUUUUUAUCAUAAGUUGUUGAUAAGGAGUCUUUUUCUUUUCUUCUGGUGGCUGCAUUAUACGCUAACAAUAAAUUUUUAAAUCGUAAAAUAAAUAGAUUAUAAAAACGUUUUAAAAUCGUCUAAAAAAAAAAUUAUAUAUAGAAUAAUUCAAUAUAAAAUUGAUAUAAAAAUGAUCAUCUAAAGAAUAAAAGAUUGACAAGUGGUACAAAAAUAUAUAGUUGGUGAUGCUUAUAAACAAAAUUUAUUUCGAGGAAUAAAAACAAUUAUAUUUAAUUCUUUAAUUCUAAUUAAAUUAUUCAUGAAUAUUUAUAAUUGUUAUUAUAAAUAUUCAAUUUAUUUUUAUUAAAAUAAAAUAAAAAUAAAUUUUAUAAACAAUUAUAUUUUAUGUGUGAGAUAAAAUUACAUUAGAAUAUUAAUAAUAAAUUUAAAAAAAAUUAUUGAAAAUUAAAUAUUAUCUACAUAAAAAUUUUUUUAAAUAUAUAAUUUUAUUUUUUUCUUUUUGUUAUUUUAUUUUGAUAAAUUAUUAGUUUAUAUUUUCAAAUUUUAAUUUUUCUGGAACAAAAUUUAAAAUAUAAAAAUUAAAAAGCACUAAAAUAUUAAUAAAAUAUCUAAAUUUUUAUUUAGUUAAAUUUCAUAGUAAUAAUAAAGAGUAAAUUUAAUUUUAUAUGUUUAAACAAAAGAUUGAAGAAUUCUUUUUGGUAACUUUUGAUUGCGAUUCGAAAAUUUUUGAUUUACUUUAUUUAUAUUAUAUACAAAACAUUAUAACCAAUUCGAUGUAAUGAAAAAUUCAAAAUUGUAUUUUAUAUCAUUAUAUAAAUAUGUAAUUCAUUAAAUUUCUCUUUUAAGAAGGUCUCUACGAAAAUAUUGUAAAUAUUAAAAUAUAAUAGAAUAUCUUUCAUAUUAAAUUUAAAAUGAGUUGCAGUAAAACGCAGGGAACAUGGAACGAUUUGGAGGAAAUGAAAUAUUUGCUUUGCGCUAUUGAGUGCUGCAAGUGUCCAUGUAUACCACCCCCACCUGUAUGUUCUGUCCUAUUACCACCGAGAAUCGAAGAAUUACCUGCAUAUAUGCCUGUUCAGAGACCCUGUUGUCCUCCACCGGUUUGUCCACCGAUGCUUCGUUGUCCAUCACCACCACCUUGUCCAGUUUCGUUUACUUCUUGUGCGGCCUUACCUCCUUCUUGUCGGAUACCGAUAGUUCCUAGUCCUUGCAUUCCAUGUCCUCCAGUUUGUCCUUCAAGGGGUCCUCCACCAUUGCGUAUAGUACCAUGUUGUCCAACUUCAUUACCAUGCUACCCAGUUUCUUACUAAUGACAUAUAAUAAAAAUAAAACUGUCUUUGAAGAGUUAAGAGUCUGUGAAGAAAGGUAAUGAAAUUGAUUUCAUAAAAAUAAAUUGUUUUUUUAAUGCUAUUGUAUAAUUUUAGUGAUAAUUGAUAUUUUAAUUUGGCAAGUGUCAAUGUUGCAUACUACAGGACGAUUGUAUUAAAGGAUUCUUGGACUAUUAAUCAAAUAUGAAAAAGGACAAAAAAAUUGUAAAAAUAUUAUUUGAUAUGUUUUUUCGGUAAUCCUAUAUUUUAAAACUUAAACGUGCAAUGAUAAUUUUAAUAUAAUGUAUAUAAUAUAUAAUGUAACAAAAAAUAUGAAUAAUUUUGAAAAAAGA